UUUGUGCGUUCAGUUGAAUCCCGCGUUUUUUGUUGUUUUUCUGGAGCGGUGGUUAAGAGGAGAGUGUAGCCUGCCGUCAGGGCUGGACUGGGAAGUAAUUGAGGGGGCUCGCUCCAUCUCUGGUUCGUAUCGUGUAUUGUAGUUUUUGUCGGUGUACCGUCGCCACGGCUGUGUAAAGGAGCCUUGCUUUGGGGAAAUAACGGGCGCUUGGAUAGCAAGUUAGAAGAGCAAAAACACACUGGUAUCGACGCUCUGUUUGGGACAAGAAAUGUGGACUUUUUCUACGGGAUGCUCUGAAUGAGCAGGUGUUUUUUCCAGUAGCGGCCGGCGGACACAUUGAAAAAGGUUUCCUGUCUGAAAAACGGAUGUUUCCUUGUCACUUUGUGUGAAAUGCAUUUACAUGUACGUCUUGGACUAUAAAAUUCCUAAAUGUGAAAGGAUUGGCAAUGUACAUGAAAUUGCUAUUUUUGGCUUUGAGUUAGCGUUCGAGUGUGACUUGGGUUUCAAGCGAUACGGGGUUCAUUACCUUGAAACAAACAAACGACAACGGGGGCAGAGGCCGCGCCCUUGCAACCAACACCUUCACCGACCGAUUUGCUUACAACAAAUCUCUAGGCUUCAUUAUCGCACUUUGAUUAUUUUGCUCGCCCCGCGGAGAAAUGUUUACGAAACUCAAGACUCUGUGAUCGGGCUUGGAGGUCAAAGGUCGCAUCCGUCUGUGGGACGUUCGGCCGAUUUCAAUUACGGUGUAAACCUGGACGUACAUUUGAACGCACCAUCAAUAUAACAGCUAUUCUGAUUGGAUGACGCUCAUAGAAACUGACUCUUGAUUGGUUAGAGCGAGAAUACUUUGAAGGCUGUCAAACUUUCUCAAGGACAGUUCAAUUCGUGUCAAAUUCAUCGCCAAAUCUGCUUCCGGAUGACUGAUGGUGCGGGGAUAGCUUUUGUUGUAGACAAAACAAAUACCACGAAGUGUGUCUAAGGGGGAACAACCCAGGGCUACAUACAGGAAAGUAUGAGUCGAAGGCUUCAAGUUUGUAUCGCGUUGAUCGAUCGCCUCUAUUAGCGGUGGGCCUUCCCUCCGAUAUUAACCCGUCUGGAGUGGCAAGGACUUCGGUAAAACCGACUCUGGUAACAAUCAGUUCGACAGGUGUGAAGGGAAUUUACAUCGCGGUGGAGUUUUUGAAGCACGCGUUUCAAAAUUGAGCGCCUUGCCACUCUUCUCGCAUUCAGUUGGUAGAAUCCAUGGGUUUACCACAUACCACGGGUCUAUUGGAAUAAUAGUUGACUCUAACACAACUUUGUUCAAAUUCCAGUGGUGGGAGAUUUUCAACAAAAGGGGACAUAUUUUUUGUGAUUGUUUGUUGAGAAUUCGACUGAUUGUAUCCACGCAUGAAUUCACUGACAGACAACAGCGACAUGAGAGCCCACUACCAGUCAUGGGCCGUUCACAACUACGGCGACAGCGGCAAAACCAAGACGGUGACACUGAAGAAAUAUGGACGAAUCACGGGGUUCUUGAAGGGUGAGGUUGCCCCGACUGGAGAGAGCACCAAGUUUAGGUUUUGGGUAAAAGCCAAGGGCUUCAAAAUUGGUCCUCCGGCUAAGAGGCAGAGAGGGGGGCCGAAAGAGGUGCUGUACGUCCCCGUCAAAACAACGGAUUCUGACGGCACCAUCGUCGACCGAGGGUUCAAAAGGGUAGCAGUGGUUGAAGACUUUUUCGAUAUCAUCCAUGACGUGCACGUGGGUACCGAUGGGCGGAGUGGAAAACAUGCCGGACAGAAGAGAACAUACCGGGCGAUUGCCGAGACCUACGCCUUCUUGCCCCGUGAGGCGGUGACUCGCUUCCUCAUGAACUGCAAUGAGUGUCAGAAGAGAAUGCACCUCUCGCCAAAUCUCGCCACGCCUCACGAGGGGAAUGGUCACGUGACCGAGGAGGAGCCCCAGAAUAACAACGGUUGCGCAGGGAGGGGAGCAGACGAUGAGAGCAAUAAUAUUGAUUAUAAUCUACCAAUAACAACAACGUACCUUAAUCAGCUGAGAAAUAUGCGACUUGCUAACAACAACAAUGGGUGCAGCCUUCAUGAUUGA